AUGACCAAUGCCACUUCAACCCCAUCAAUUCCCCAUCACGAAGUCGAACACUCACUCAACCAUGCCUACCAUUCCAGUCUCAUGCCACCCACAAAGAACGCCUUUGGAAGGACGCCUAAUUCCCAUUCCACCACCAAACCUAUCCCCUAUCCAGCCAACUCCAUGGGACAGGCUUUGACAGACACCCCGUGCCCCAGCGCGCCGACGAGCCCACAGAUAUUUGCCCGUGGAAGCCCUCACAUCUCCGGCUCAGGCACCCCAAAACUCCGUGCCACCACUCUCGAUAUCCCAGGCCUUACCCGCUCCAAAGUUUCUCCCGAUGGUCGCAUAUCUGAAAGAGACGUUGGCGCAAAGCUGAUCAUCGUCAUGGUUGGCUUGCCCGCUCGCGGCAAGAGUUACAUUGUCAAGAAGAUAGCAAGAUACCUAAACUGGCUCCAACAUCCAACACGCAUAUUCAAUGUCGGCGAUCGAAGAAGAGUUGCUGCUGGAAAAGGUACCCCCAUCUCCGACAAAACGCACGCCGAACUGCGGGAAUCGGUACGACGAAUGAGCAGCAAAAACACGGGCUCUCGUGGUUCCAUUGACCAUACUGAACUUCUUCCCCCACCUGCUAUCCGCACCGAAUUGUUCCAGAACGGCGAGAUCACUUCAGCUUCUCCAAUCAGCCCCUUGCAGAUGAACGGAAGUGCACAUGCCGAGUUUGAAGACAAACUCGAGCCCGUCCUGACACCAGGCACCGAACCUAUGGAUCAAUCCGCCCAGUUCUUCGACCCUCAGAAUGUAAAGGCCAAACAACUCAGAGAACAAGUGGCGCACGAAGCGCUGGAUGAGUUGAUGAAGUAUGUUUUGGAAGAUGGUGGUUCUGUGGGCAUCCUGGAUGCCACAAACCAUACCCAAGAGCGCCGUAUGUCUUUGAUCAAACACAUCAAAGAACGAGAUCCAAACAUCAAUGUUUUGUUCCUCGAGUCUCGCUGUCAAGACCCCAAUUUGCUCGAGGCAAAUAUCCGCUUGAAACUUUCGGGUCCAGACUACAAGGGUAAAGACCCUCAUCAAUCUCUCAAGGACUUCAAACAACGAGUCGAGCAGUACGAGAAGUCUUAUCAGAAGCUUGACGAGUUCGAGGAGCAGCACGACAUGCCAUACUGUUCCAUGAUUGAUGUUGGCCGAAAAAUGGUCAGCUAUCAAGUUAAAGGAUUUUUAUCCAUUCAGACCGUUACUUACUUGAUGAAUUUCAACUUGGCUCCAAGAAUGAUUUGGAUCACCCGCCACGGAGAGUCGAUGGACAACGUCAAUGGGAAAAUUGGAGGUGACAGUUCUUUGAGUGCGGGUGGUCGUCGUUACGGACAGGCACUUUCCAAGUUUAUCGGCGAGCAGUGGCAGCUGUGGGAAGAACGACAUGCCGAAAAGCAAGCCAACGCCCACUUUCCACCACUUCCGGGCGACACCACUCCUCCCAACCCGGAAUACACGGCACAAACCGAGCAGGACCGAAACUUCUGUGUCUGGACCAGUAUGCUGAAGCGGAGCAUUGAGACCAGCCAGUUUUUCAACGACGAAGACUACGACUUGAAGCAGAUGAAAAUGUUGGAUGAAUUGCACGCCGGCUCAAUGGAGGGAAUGACCUAUACCGAAAUCCGUGACACCUUUGAACAUGAAUACGAGCUUCGAAAACGCGACAAGUUGCAUUAUCGCUAUCCAGGUCCGGGUGGGGAAGGAUAUCUCGACAUUAUCAACCGUCUCGGCAAAGUCAUUCUUGAGAUUGAACGUAUGACGGACCACGCGCUCAUCAUUGGCCAUCGAAGCAUUUCUCGCGUCCUCCUUGCUUAUUUCAUGGGUUUGAAACAAGAAGAUAUUAGUGACCUUGAUGUCCCGUUGGGUGUGGCUUACAUGUUGGAGCCGCGACCAUAUGGCGUCGAAUUCAAAGCCUAUCGCUGGGAUCCAGCCACGGAUGAAUUUCGAUAUGAACCAAACUAUCGAAUGAGGCGAGCCAUCUACCCACACACAUGA